CUGGCCCCGCCCCCUCAGGUUGAUGGCAGCGGCAGCUGGGACUGCAGCGGCGCCCGGCCCCGGAGAGCUGCAGGCAGCGGCCGGAGCGCGCAGCGGGACACCCGGGCCCCAGACGCCGCGGGCACCCCGAGAGGCGGCCCCGGCACGCUGACGGUUCCCUCGGCCCCCAGCGCACCUCCAGCCCGCUGCGCAGAGGAGUCGCAGCGGGAGCGCCCCCGGCCCGCUCAGGACCAGGACUGAGGACCAAAGGCCCUUCAAGGCACUGAGAUCUUCCUUCUCUGCCCAGCCAUGAGCCGGCGUGUGGUUCGGCAGAGCAAGUUCCGCCAUGUGUUUGGGCAGGCGGCAAAGGCCGACCAGGCCUACGAGGACAUCCGUGUGUCCAAGGUCACGUGGGACAGCUCCUUCUGUGCUGUUAACCCCAAAUUCCUGGCCAUUAUCGUGGAGGCUGGAGGCGGGGGCGCCUUCAUCGCCCUGCCUCUGGCCAAGACAGGGCGAGUGGAUAAGAACUACCCACUGGUCACUGGGCACACUGGCCCUGUGCUAGACAUUGACUGGUGCCCACACAAUGACAACGUCAUCGCCAGUGCCUCAGAUGACACCACCAUCAUGGUGUGGCAGAUUCCAGACUAUACUCCCGUGCGCAACAUCACGGAACCCAUCAUCACACUGGAGGGCCACUCCAAGCGCGUGGGCAUCCUCUCCUGGCACCCCACUGCUCGCAAUGUCCUGCUCAGUGCAGGUGGUGACAAUGUGAUCAUCAUCUGGAACGUGGGCACUGGAGAGGCACUCCUGAGCCUGGAUGACAUGCAUCCCGACAUCAUCCACAGCGUGUGCUGGAACAGCAAUGGCAGCCUGCUCGCCACCACCUGCAAGGACAAGACCCUGCGCAUCAUCGACCCCCGCAAGGGACAGGUGGUGGCGGAGAGGUUUGCGGCCCACGAGGGGAUGAGACCAAUGCGGGCCGUCUUCACGCGCCAGGGUCACAUCUUCACCACGGGCUUCACCCGCAUGAGCCAGCGAGAGCUGGGCCUGUGGGACCCGAACCACUUUGAAGAGCCAGUGGCACUGCAGGAGAUGGACACAAGCAACGGGGUCCUACUGCCCUUCUACGAUCCUGACUCCAGCAUCGUCUACCUGUGCGGCAAGGGUGACAGCAGCAUUCGGUACUUUGAGAUUACUGACGAGCCACCUUUCGUGCACUACCUGAACACAUUCAGCAGCAAGGAGCCACAGCGGGGCCUGGGUUUCAUGCCCAAGCGGGGCCUGGACGUCAGCAAGUGCGAGAUUGCCCGGUUUUACAAACUGCACGAAAGAAAGUGUGAGCCCAUCGUCAUGACCGUGCCCCGCAAGUCAGACCUGUUCCAGGACGACCUGUACCCGGAUACGCCGGGUCCCGAGCCGGCCCUAGAAGCGGACGAGUGGCUAUCGGGCCAGGACGCCGAGCCCGUGCUCAUCUCGCUGAGGGACGGUUAUGUGCCCCCCAAGCACCGCGAGCUCCGCGUCACCAAGCCCAACAUUCUGGACGUGCGUCCACCCUCUGGCCCCCGCCGCAGCCAGUCGGCCAGCGACACUCCCUUGUCGCAGCACACCCUGGAGACAAUGCUGGGGGAGAUCAAGGCCCUUCGCGAGCGGGUGGAGGCCCAGGAGCAGCGCAUCACGGCCUUGGAGAACAUGCUGUGCGAGCUGGUGGACGGCACCGACUAGCGCGUCGGGCGGAGGGAAGCUCCGGGCCAGGCGGGCGGGGCGGGGCGGGGCGCGCGGACUCGGCUCCGCCCCUUGCCCUUCGUCCGGGACAGCAGGUCCCACUUGCCCUGGGGUGGGACCGGGAAGGGAAAUCCGCCCUUCGCGGGAGUCCUGGACAAGUGGAGCGUCGCGGAGACCCGCGUCUGUCUGGCGCCGGCUGGGCAUUCGGCAGGAACUGGCCUGGGAGGGAAGGGGGUCCCAGAGCGGUG